CUGGUAGCGGGGCGAAUUUCCCCAAUGUCCUCGGUUCGUAGAGUAACAUCUUCUCAUCCCACCAACACUGUUCAGGACUGCCGCUGCUCCAAGGACGGAUACAGGAGCCCUGACUGAGGAGGGAGGAAUAUUUCUGGAUUUGGAUCAUCUGUGCAGGCUGCUUGCACAGAAACCAGGAAGUGAAUAUGAGCAGUCUCUCCACUGACAGGAAGCCGCUUGUGGAUUAUGGCGUUCAGAUCCGCUUCAUCAAGGACCUCCAUGACACAGGCGGGGGUUAUUCUGAUAAGUCCAAAGGAAACAACAGUGCAACUCCUACUUCCAGUAAAUAUGGGGUGGCAGUGCGGGUUCAGGGAAUCUCUGGACAGCCUUAUGUGGUCCUGAAAGAUGGUGAGAAAGGUGACUCAUAUGGAGUUCAGCUAAACACUCCCACCCCCAGCUCAGGGCCACCAUCACCUUAUAACAGCCUCCCCAAAACUAAUAAAGAGCCAGCUGAGUUUACAAACCCCUACAUGCCUGUUGCAAACACAGCACGCUCCCCUGUUUCUACAGCAGAGGAUGAGGAUGGGGAGAUUUUUGGGAGCCCUCUUAGGCGACCUCCAGGGGAUGGUCAAGCUGGAACACAAGGAGAGGAGGAAGGAGGAGCUGGAAGAGAAGGACAGGUGGAAAGGGCAAAGCCUGAGCCCCAACUCAAUGCAACAGCCAGUGAAGCAGCAAAAACCACAGAUUUAAGUAGUACAGAGGAGUACAAUGAAGCUGGGUUGAAACCUGUCAAAUUAAACGGUGUGGGACCAAGAGGGGCCAAGCAAACUGGCUCUGGUUUCACUGGCUCCUUGGAGAAAUACAGUGGAAAAAAACAGAAUACAGAUUCACAUUCAGACUUGUUCCCAGAACCGUCAUCAUCAACCAAUGAGGAGCCUGCCCCAGCGAUUGAUACCAACUCCCUGGCUCCCAUCAACAAGCUCAUCAGUAAGUUUAACAGUGGGACACCAGGCAGCACCCCACAGACCAGAGGCCGCACUGGAGCGAGGCAGCGGCUCAGGUUUGACGAGCGCAGGCGGUCCAGGAGUCUUGACGCUCGAAAAGAUGUUCAACGAGAGGCUUCCCUUCCUUCCCCUACCUCUCCCACUCUGAAUCCCUACGCUGCUCCUCUGUCUACCUCCUCCAAUUUGUUGACGUCAUCUGCCCCAGCGAGCGGUAGCCUGGGAAGAAGCCCUGCAUCUGUUGCCAAGGUGACGGCACUCGAGGCCCCCAAGCCUAGCUUUAAGUCACCAGGGAAGUUUGUUGCCAAGGACUUUCCUCCAGCUGUAGCUAAAAAGCCUGAGAUAUCUCCAAGGAGCCUGAGUCAAAGCACAGAGGUCAUCAGCAGGGAGGAAGCUCAGGUCAAGCAGUCUGUUUUCAACGUCCUCAAAGACAGCAACAGUGAGAAUGAAGGAUCCCUCAAAAGAAGGGUCAACUCUGGUUUUGAGACAACCGGCAGUCUUAAGAAGGGAGGAUCUGAUGGAAGCCUCCAAAAGGGGAAUGUCGAGGAACUUCAGGAGCAACUCAGCCGUUGCAAGAAAGAACUGCAGCAGGCUCAUGAUGAACUGGCCGAGGAGCGUAUGGCCAGACAGGGUGCAGAGACUCGUCUUCACCUGCAGGAAGAUCAGCUGGCUGAGCUUCAGGAGGAGCUGAGGAAGGUUUCAGAAAACUCACCUCACUCAGACUCUCUGCAGACGGAAAUGAUGACUCUACAGGCUGAGCUGGCUGAGGCUGCCAUGAUACGUCAGCGUCAGGAGGAUAUGCUCCACCAGCGGGAGAGGGAGCUGACAGCCCUCAAAGGAGUGCUGAAGGAGGAGGUUGAGUGCCAUGACAGAGAGAUGGAGACUCUAAGGGAGCAGUACAGCCAGGACAUGGAGGACCUGAGAAAAACCAUGGAACAGGUCACACAGUCCCAGGAGCAGAUAGAAGAGGAGAGGGAGAAGGUGAACGCCUCCAUAUUGACCUUGGAGGAAGAGCUGGAGAGCUGCAAAGACCAGGGAGACCAGUGGAAGACGCAGCUGGAGGUCACCAAGCAGGAGCUGCACAACACCAGAGAAGAGAGUGGGAAGCACAUCAGCAGUCGAAUGCUGCUGAAAUCCCGUUUAGAGAAGGAAGAAUUUGAGGGAGAGCUGAAGGAUCUUCAGGAUUCACUUCUCGCCAUGAAGAAACAAAUGCCUGCAUCUGACGAUAGCCGUUCUUUAGCAGAGGAGCUUCAGCGUUGCCAUGACGAUCUGAAGCAGGCUCGCGCCGAUCUGGACAAACAAAAGGGCGAGUUAGACGAGAAGAGCGAGGCACUUCAAGCCCUGAAGAAAGCGAGUGGAGAGAAAGAGGCCGAGCUUCUGUCUGAAAUCAGCAGGUUGAAGGAGCAGUCGCAGAAAGACAAGGCCGAGCUGGAAAAGGUCCUUGAGAAGGCAAAGGAGCAGUCAUUAGCUGAUUCUACGGGAAAGACUGUGGUGGACCAUGGCACCAACGUGGAGCUCCAGGAAGCAAACACUCGCCUCAGAGAAAGGCUGGCACGCAUGACGAGGCUUCACUCCAGCAUGCCCCGGAGCUCAGAUACCGAGGAGGCACUGGAAGCUCUGGAGGAUGAGAACCGUUCCCUGAAGUCUCAGCUGGAGGAGGCCAAGAGAGGAGCCACCCGCCUCACCAAGGAGAGGGAUGAGCUGACCCGGCGGCUGGAGGAGAGGGACCUGGAGAGGGAGGCACUACGGAGGGGCAAGAGUGACCUGGAGGAGCAAAAGAGGCUGCUGGACCGAGCCCUGGAGAAGAUUAACAAAGAGAUGGAGAUGAUGAUGGGAGAUUCCCGUCAGUCGGUGGCAGCCCUGCAAACACAGCUUGAUGACUACAGGGAACGCUCGAGGAAGGACCUGCUGGAGGCACAGCGCAACGGCAAAGACAGGCUGGCUGAGCUGCAGAGAGCCCAGAGCAACCUGAAGGCCCAGCAAGAAGAGGUUUCCCGUCUGAAGAAGGAGCUGCUGGUGUGCAGUGAGGAGAGAGACAGCGCCCAGUUGGAGAGGGACCUCCUCAGCAACCGUCUCAAACACUUGGAGAGCGAACUAGAGUCAGAGAAGAGCACUCACACUGAUCGCACCAGGGAGAUCAGGGGCCUGGAGGAUAAAAUUAAGACACUGGAGAUCGAGAUGGAUGAGGAGAGGAGCAGCGUGGAGCUUCUGAACGACCGUAUCACACGUAGCAGAGAUCAGGUGGAUCAGCUCCGUUCAGAGCUGAUGCAGGAGCGAUCGGCAAGACAUGACCUUGAGAUGGACAAGAGUGCACUUGAGAGACAGGUGAAGGAGCUGAAGUCACGUGUGGCAGACAUGGAGGGCCAGACUCGGCCCUCAGCCGGAAUCACCCUGCUGGAAAACAAAAUUCAAGAGUUAGAAGAGAGACUUCGCAGUGAAGAAAGAGAGAAGGCCAGUAUCCAGGCCUCCCAGAGACGAAUGGAGAGAAAACUAAAGGAGCUGAACGCCACGUUAGACCAGGAGAGGAGCCAACAUGUUGAGCAGAGAGAUCAGCUGUCUCUUCGCGUGAAGGCCUUGAAGCGGCAGGUGGACGAAAGCGAAGGAGAGGUGGAGCGCCUGGAGGGAGUCCGCCGUAAGGUUCUCAGGGACUUGGAGGAGCAGCAGGAGCUCAAGGAGGCACUGCAGGCCAAAGUCACAGCACUGGAAACUGAAUUAAAGCGGAAGUCACAGCAGACACACCGUGCGGCUCUGGGCUCCUCCACUUUAAGCUCUGAGGAUGAGGACGGUUUCUAUGACACCAACAUGACCUCCAUCCUGAAUGAAAGCCACCUUCAGACCACAAACUGCUAGAAUGAAAUGACUCCAAGAAAUUACCUUUUUUUUCAGUGCAAAAACGUGUAAGAUUUUGUCAAAGAAAGGUACUCAGGGCAGCAAGGGCUCACUUAUGUGAGGAACUUUGUUGCCAUGCACUACAGACUUGCCUUGCAGUUGUUCUUGGUUUUAUUUUUAGUGCAGCAGUCCAACAGAGACAGGUUGUCAAGACAAUUAGAUUGCAUUUUUUGAGCCUUCAGCUGUGAUUAUUACUGCUUCUUUACUGUCAAGUUUGAUCUGUCUUGAGAUCCACUGUUUCUCUGUUUUGUUGAAGAGAAGAGUUACAAUUACUGUUAGAAAUACGAGGUUUUACUUCAACUUGAAUUAUAUUUUCCAAAAGGCUGUUUGCUGUUUGUUUUUUGUGUGCACCAUAUUCACUACAUACUACUGUGGUAGCAAAUUACUGUGGCAUGAUUAAUAUUGAGAGGUCAUAUGGAAGAGAGGUAUUUUACCAGUUUUGUUCCACUGACCCCAGAUUUGAAAAUUCAAAUCCGUUUUAAACCAAAAAAAUAUUUUUUUUUUUUCUUACUGUUCCAAUUGUUGGUUUUAUGUUUGCUUGUGCAUGAUAAAUUGCAUCUGUCAGUGUUGUUAUUAGCUCCAAGUGUUUCUUUGUGUAUUGAAAGUGAUGUAAUUUUUUUUUUUUUUUUUUUUACCUUUGAAUGUGACUGUAAUGGGCCAUUUAAACUGAGCCUGUGUUUUUACACUGUAUUAGCUGUGCAUACCUGUUACUCAAGACAAUCAAACAUACAUACACUAACACUGUGUAUCCUCUGAGGUCAGUUUUCUCUAUACAGAAUUUUCUACUUUAAUGGCCAUAUAUCUGAAUGUGGUUCAAUAUAUCGCUGUGUAUUUAGCUUGGGCCGUGUGCACGUUUUCAUUCAAAUGCCUUAAAAAUUAGUUUCAUAUCUUUAUUUUCACUUGUCAUCACAAAUGUUUUGUUUAUUUACUGCUGCUGAAAUGAUUUAAAUGGUAUUUCAUGUGCUUGCCUGUGCUUGCGUCUCCAGUGCAUUCCUAAUGGAAGUAUCAGUACUUACAAUGUGGAAGCGUUCCACAUUUCUCCUUUGUUGCACCUGACUGUUAUAAAAUAUUAAUUCUAACCUCCUAAUGACAUUUUGAUGGUGUCAUUAUAUUUUCAACAUGUCACUUUUUAAAUUUAGAGUAUGUUUAUGAAGCUGCUUGUAACAUUUGAUAUGUGGCAAAGAGCUUUAUAAGCUUCCCAAAAUUUUUGACAGAUAUUUGAAGUCAAUUUUGGACCAUGUGUACAAUAAAAAGAGGUA